AUGGAUAACGACGUAUCGACAAUUCUUACCACCUUGCGACUGGAAGCUGAUGAGGAGUCAAGCCCAGUGUUUUAUACCUUGGAAGACUUGUACGAGAGAAAACUUUGGUAUCAAUUGACCACCACUUUGGAUGAGGAGUUUUACCAAAGUAAUAACAUCAUUCAUGGUCUCAAAUUGAGAUUGUUCGACAGAUUCAUCACCAAGUUUUGGGACAAACUAAAUCGAUUGAAGCUGGUGGAGUUUCUACUACUGAGUUUGUCGGAUGACCAGGACUUAACUGAUGAUGAAGCCCUAGAGAUCUUGUCCUCAUGGAAGGCAAAGAUCAAGGAUGCAUUUACAAAAGAAAGCCGAAGGUCUGGUACAUCAGAGGACGAGGAGGGCGUCUCAAAUCUAGAGUACGUUCAAUCGUUGAUCUAUAUAGACAGCGAAAUUGCCAAACUCAAACUUGGCUUUGAAGAUCAGAAAGAGGAUGCCAAAACCAUGAUAGAUGAAAUAUCUGAGAAGUUAGAAAGUCUAAACUCAGUUGACAACAAGAUUAAUGCCUCCUAUUAUAAUACCUUGGGUGAAUACUACAAAAUCAACAGGGACUACAACAAUUUCUAUUAUACCUCCUUACUGUAUUUGGCAUGUGUGGAUGAAGAUUUCAAGAAAGAAAAAAUUCCAAGCAGUGUCCAAGAGGCAUUUUGCUUUGACUUAGCUGUGAGCGCAUUAUUGGGUGACAAGAUUUACAACUUUGGUGAGCUCAUCAUGCAUGAACAUCUGUUUGAGGUGUUCAACAGUCAUAAGAACCUCAAAUGGCUCUAUGGUUUGGUUCAAACGAUAAGCGAGGGAGACUUGAAAGCAUUUGAGAGUCUGAUUGAGACCAAUAAAGGCUACAUUACAGAGCAGUGUCCAGUUUUGCUUGAAAAUAUAAACUUUCUUCAGCAGAAAAUCUGCAUAAUGGCCCUAAUUGAAUUGGUAUUCUCAAGACCUUCUAACGAAACAAUGCUUCCAUUUUCAGAGAUCAUCAGCAAUAUUUCACUUCUUACUACAGAUGAUGAAGUGGAAUACCUUGUCAUGAAAUGCCUAUCUCUAAAGCUAAUUAAAGGCUCGAUUGAUCAGGUCAACAGUCAAGUGAACGUCACCUGGAUACAGCCGCGUAUCAUGAGCAAGUCUCAAAUCUCCAAGCUCCAACAAAAAUUGAAGGAUUGGAAUGUUAAGAUCGGAGAGCUGACCACCAUUUUAGAUAAUGCUGGAAAAGAGAUUUGGGUAUAG